AUGCAGCUGAGCAGCACGUUUGUUGUCUCCCUUCUUGCUGCGACUGCCUCGGCUAGUGUCCUGCAGGUCGUGCCGGGAAAUGGUCCGGCGGUAAAGCAAGCCCGCGGAAUGAGCCGUCGCGCCGCUGCUACGAACGCCGCCCAGUACGCCUCGAUCCAGGACCCUACGCAGGAGUGCACCUACUACGGCAAUGAUGGCGUUACUCAGAUGAAGAACCAGAACGACUACCCAGCUGUGAGCCAGAUUGCUUCUAUCGUUCAGGGUGACAGUGAUGCCCAGAAGGUUUGGCAAGACAUCCAGAGCUCUGGCAUCAUCCCCUCGGAUGUACAGGUCAAGAUGGACAGCAACGGUCAGCACAUGGAUAUCAAUAUGGGCAGCUAUGACCGUCAGCAGGACCCUGAUUGUUGGUGGUCGGCCACUGCCUGCAAGCAGCCCAAGCACCAAGGACUUGUUGCCGACAUCUACACUUGCCCUGAGCCGAGCACCUGGGGUCUCACGUUUGACGAUGGUCCUAACUGCACACACAAUGCCUUCUACGACUUCCUGAGCCAGAACAAGCUCAAGGCCACGAUGUUCUACAUUGGUAGCAACGUCGUGAACUGGCCUUACCAGGCCCAGCGUGGUCUUGUGGAUGGUCACGACAUUUGUGUGCACACCUGGUCGCACCGCUACAUGACCACCCUGUCGAACGAGCAAGUGUUUGCUGAGCUGUAUUACACUGCCAGGGUGAUCAAGAAGGUCAUUGGUGUCACCCCGAGCUGCUGGCGUCCUCCGUACGGUGACACUGACGACCGUGUGCGUGCCAUUGCCUAUGGUCUUGGUCUCCGUACCAUUCUUUGGCAGGAGGAUACGAACGACUGGAAUAUCCAGCCCAGUGGCGACCAGACUACGCAGCAGAUUGACCAGAACUAUCAGAACAUUAUCAACAAGGCUAGCAGCGAGAGCCCUAUCGUGCUGACUCACGAAAUCGACCAAUACACGAUGGACGAGUUCCAGAAGAUGUACCCCAAGAUCAAGAAUGCGUUCAAGAACGUUGUUCCUCUGACUGCCUGCCAGAACGUCUCGAACCCUUACCCGGAUGCGAAGAUCUCGUACCCCAACUUUAGCGACUUUGUCGGCGGCAAGGUCAAUGCCUCGGGCCUUCCGGAUGGCAAUUCGAUUGCCGUCAACCCUAGCGCCUCGUACUCGCCCUCUGCGCUGAACAAGACCAGUGGCGGUUACGCCCACCCCAACUCUGGAUCCAACAGUACUACGGAUGCCCGCCGUGCUCAGGCCAGUAAUGCAGCACAAUUUGCUACCAUCCAUGACAACACGCAGUGCCAACCCUACGGCGUGGAUGCAGUGACGCAAAUGAAAAACCAAAAGGACUUCCCCCCCGUGGGCCAAAUUGCCUCUAUCAUCCAAGGCGACAGUCAGGCGCAGCAGAUCUGGCAAGAGAUCCAAAACUCUGGCAUUGUCCCUUCUGACGUGCAAGUCAAACAAGACAGCACGAAUGGGCAGCACAUGGGCACCUCUGCAAAUGGCUACAAUGUUCAACAAGACCCUGACUGCUGGUGGACGGCAAACAGCUGCAAGCAACCCAAGCACCAAGGCCUCAUCACCGACCUGUACACGUGCCCUGAGCCGGACACUUGGGGCCUUACCUUUGAUGAUGGCCCUAAUUGCACGCACAACGCCUUCUAUGACUUCCUGAGCCAGAACAAGCUCAAGGCCACUCUCUUUUACAUUGGUACCAAUAGUGACCAGGUAUUUGCUGAGCUCUACUACACUGCCAAGAUCAUCAAGCAAAUUAUUGGCGUAACGCCUACAUGCUGGCGCCCUCCGUAUGGUGACGUGGAUGAUCGCGUGCGCGCCAUCGCCCAAGGUCUUGGCCUUCGUACCAUCGUUUGGGAGGAGGACACGGACGACUGGAACAUUCAGCCGGGAGGUAACCAGCCUACUUCUAAGAUUGACUCAAACUACCAGAACAUUAUCAACAAGGCUCAAAGCGAGAGCCCCAUUGUACUCACGCAUGAAAUCAACCAGCAGACCAUGGAUGAAUUCACCAAAUUGUACCCCAAGGUCAAGAACGCUUACAAAAACCUCGUUCCUCUCACCGCAUGCCAGAACAUCACGAAGCCGUACGCAGAUGGCGACAUUACCUACCCUGCUUUCAGUGACUUUGUCAGCGGCAAGGUCAAUGCUUCCGGCCUUCCGAAUGGAAACACGAUCAAGGUGGACCCCUCUGCCAAGUAUACUCCCCAAGAACUUAACAAGACACAGAACGGCUACGGUCAUCCUCAAGAUGGAUCACAGGCAUCUAGCUCUAGCGGCUCUGGUGGCUCCGAAAAGAGCUCCAAGAGCGCUGCCGCCCCACGCGCCUAUGCGAGCCCUGUUUUCUCCUUGCUCGCCGUGGUGCUGAUCUUCCUGUACUUUGGUUAA